GCCGCGCCCCACAGGGCUCGGUGCACAGUGGGCUCCUGGCGUGUCUUGUGGGUGAACCAUACUGAGGCGCUGGGGAAGCACAGGGGAGGGGACCGACCCAGGCGACAAGGAGCUGGGCUGUUAGCUUUGGAGUCAGGAGGGCUGGGUUCCUGCGCCAGCUUGCCACGUAUUGGAGAGUGGCCCUGAGUGAAUCGCAUGAACACCAUGCCUCAGUUUCACUAUCUGUGAAGUGGCGGUUAUGGGGUUAUGUGAAAAGGCGAGCGAGCCUCGCCAGCCCGCGGGGAGCGCUAAGCCUCGUUCUUUCCCGCCUCCCGCUCUCCCGCCGUGGCUCCGAGCCUGACUUCGGAGGCUGCGGCUUCCUCGCAUGGACGCCCCCCGCCCCAGUAACGCAGUGGGGCGCGCUGGCGGGGACGGGGUCCUCGGGUCCGAGAGAACUUUCCAGUAGGCGGGGGCGCCUGAGGGUCGGCGCGCGAGCUCUGGCCCGGCGCCGUCCGCGCAGAGGGCGCUCUGGCCCGGGUCCCUCCGACCCCGAGCGCCGGGGGGUCUCACCUGUCGGAGCCGUGCGGGCCGGGCGGAGGCCAUGUCCCCACUGCGCGGGAGGGGAGACCGAGGCCCGGCCCGGCCCCGCCGCCUUCCCCGCCCCCGGCGCGCCCCUCCCCGGCCACCGCGUCCGCGGCUCGGCCGCCCAGCGCCCGGCUCGGGUUCCGGCGGAGCACCUGGGCCGCGCGCGGCUGGCGUCCAGCGGGGGCAGCGCUGCCCGCGCCCCUCGGCGAUGACCACGGUCGGCGCCCCGAGCGCCCAGCCCGCGGGGACUCCUGUGAGCAGCCUCCACGAGGCCCUGGACCAGUGCAUGAUCGCCCUGGACCUCUUCCUCACCAACCAGUUCUCAGAAGCACUCAGCUACCUCAAGCCCAGAACCAAGGAAAGCAUGUACCACUCGCUGACGUAUGCCACCAUCCUGGAGAUGCAGGCCAUGAUGACCUUUGACCCUCAGGACAUCCUACUUGCUGGCAACAUGAUGAAGGAGGCACAGUUGCUGUGUCAGAGGUACCGAAGGAAGUCUUCCAUGACAGAUUCCUUCAGCAGCCUGGUGCACCGCCCCUCUCUGGGCCAGUUCACGGAAGAGGAAAUCCAUGCUGAGGUUUGCUACGCAGAGUGCUUGCUGCAGAGAGCAGCUCUGACCUUCCUGCAGGAUGAGAACAUGGUGAGCUUCAUCAAAGGCGGCAUCAAAGUUCGAAACAGCUACCAGACCUACAAGGAGCUGGACAGCCUGGUCCAGUCUUCACAUUACUGCAAGGGAGAGAACCACAGGCACUUUGAAGGAGGGGUGAAGCUCGGUGUGGGGGCCUUCAACCUGACACUGUCCAUGCUUCCUACGAGGAUCCUGCGGCUGUUGGAGUUUGUGGGGUUUUCAGGAAAUAAGGACUACGGGCUGCUGCAGCUGGAGGAGGGCGCGUCGGGGCACAGCUUCCGCGCUGUGCUCUGUGUCAUGCUGCUGCUGUGCUACCACACCUUCCUCACCUUUGUGCUCGGUACUGGAAAUGUCAACAUUGAGGAGGCAGAGAAGCUCCUGAAACCCUACCUGAACCGCUACCCUAAGGGUGCCAUCUUCCUGUUCUUUGCUGGGAGGAUUGAAGCCAUUAAAGGCAAUGUCGACACAGCCAUCCGGCGGUUCGAGGAAUGCUGCGAGGCCCAGCAGCACUGGAAGCAGUUCCACCACAUGUGCUACUGGGAGCUGAUGUGGUGCUUCACCUACAAGGCCCAGUGGAAGAUGGCCUACUUCUAUGCCGACCUGCUCAGCAAGGAGAACUCCUGGUCCAAGGCCACCUAUGUCUACAUGAAGGCCGCCUACCUCAGCAUGUUUGGGAAAGAGGACUACAAGCCUUUCGGGGAUGACGAAGUGGAGUUAUUUAGAGCUGUGCCAGGCCUGAAGCUCAAGAUUGCUGGGAAAUCUCUGCCCACAGAGAAGUUUGCCAUCCGAAAGUCCAGACGCUACCUCUCCCCCAAACCUGUCUCAUUGCCAAUCCCUGCUCUGGAAAUGAUGUACAUCUGGAAUGGUUAUGCUGUGAUUGGGAAGCAGCCAGCACUCACGGAGGGGAUACUUGAGAUUAUCACCAAAGUUGAAGAGACGCUGGAAAAAGGCCCAGAGAAUGAGUACUCAGUGGAUGACAAGUGCUUGGUGAAAUUGUUGAAAGGCCUGUGUCUGAAAUACCUGGGCCGUGUCCAGGCAGCCGAGCAGAAUUUCAGGAUCAUCCCUGCCACUGAAAAGAAGAUUAAAUAUGACCACUACUUGAUCCCAAAUGCCCUGCUGGAGCUGGCCCUGCUGUAUAUGGAGCAAGGCAGAAAUGAAGAGGCCAUCAAACUCCUGGAAUCUGCCAAGCACAACUAUAAGAAUUAUUCCAUGGAGUCAAGGACACAUUUUCGAAUCCAGGCAGCCACAGUCCAAGCCAGAUCUUCCCUAGAGAAUGGCCACAGAUCUAUGGUUUCAUCAGUGUCCUUGUAGCUUUGUGCAGCAUCCCAGGCUGGAAGACAAACUGAGACAACUAGAUAGAGCUCCUGGAAACAUUUCAAAAGAUCCCCUUCCCCUCCCCUGUCUUUGGGGUCCAUCGGUGCUCCUGUGGGAUGGUACAACAUGGGUACCCAUGCAGAAGCCAAGCUGGCAUUUUCACCUGUGUGGCCAAGGGCCUUUGUCAAGGGCAGAGCAGGUGGCGCCCUCUGCCUGCCCUAUCACACAUACGGGUACUUGUUUUUCACUGUGAUGUUUAAAAGAAUGUAUGAACAGUUUACAUUUUCCUUAGAAAUACAUUGAUGGGGUCGUAGUUGGCUUAAAAAAAAAAAAACAAAACCAACACCAACCAACCACCUGUAAAUUGUUUUCACUCAGUGUUCUGGAGGUAAAUCUCUUCUUAUGAAGCCAAAGGGCAAAUUGCUUUCCAAACUUCAGCAGGUUCCCAGCUUCUGUGACUGGAAGGACUGGAAUUCCUUUCAGAGGACCUGGAACCCCCAGGAGAGUCUGUCGUGGGCUUUGAUGCUUCUGGGGGUUGGGCACAGAGGAUGCUCAUGGACACCUACUCACCACUUACUUCUCUCACUUCAUUUCACAGCCUCUGUAACUUCCCAAGUUAAAAAUCACGCACGUCUUUGUACUAAGAUAAAUUUUGAGCCUUUCUGCAGAAAAAUCCAUCUCUGCCAGUAAGGAAUGUAGAUGCCAAGGCCUGGUGGAGAAGCUAUGUGGCCCUUUCUGUGCCAAAGCCAGGUACUUUGGAGGGAAAAGGGAAGGUUCUCAGAAACCAGUCUGCAUCCUUACUGUAAGCCACACUGAAACUACCGGGAAUAAUUUAUGACAUAUAGACAUCUCUUGUAGUUUGUUCCAAGGUACUUUCAUUCACCGACAGCAUUUUUUUUAGAAAUAGAAUUGUUAUU